CCAGUCCCAGCCCACACACAGACCCCCAACUUGCAGCUGUCCAUUUCAACCACAGCUCUAGGCUCAUCCUCAUCCUCAAUCACAGCCAUGGCUCAGAUGCUCGCUCUGAGGCUCCUUAUCCUGGUCCUGGCCCUCUGCAUCACCCAGAUACAAGGUAGCGAUGGUGGGGGCCAGGACUGCUGCCUCAAGUACAGCCAAAGGAAGAUUCCCUACAAACUUGUCCGCAGCUACCGGGAGCAGGAACCAAGCUUAGGCUGCCCCAUCCCGGCUAUCCUGUUCUUGCCACGGAAGCGCUCUCAGGCAGAGCUAUGUGCAGACCCUAAGGAAGCCUGGGUGCAGCAGCUAAUGAAGCGUCUGGACAAUCCACCAGUCAAGAGCUGUGGGAAGGAGAGAGGGAACCCCAAGUCUGGAAAGAAGAGAAAGGGCUCCAAAGGGUGCAAGAGGACUGAGCAAACACAGACCCGACAAGGGCCAUAGCUCAGUGACCAACCUGGAGCCCAGCCCGCCAGAGCGUGGAGCCUCAACCCAAGGGGCAAGAAGAAGGUCAGAAGAGAGGAAAGGUUCAGGGGCCCCAGAGCAGCCACCCUAUGUUGGCCUUGUCAUACCCCUUCUUCUGCUGCCACCAUCCCACAUUCAUUCCCUUCCCUACCUUGCAUGCCUGAGCUGCCCACACAGAGCCAGGCCCUGAGAGGCAGAGGAAAGAGUCUCCCAGGGUGUGUGAGGAGACAGCAGGACUGUCCCCUCUGGUCCAUCACCCAGGACCCAAGUCUUGACCCUACUCCUCACUGCACCCACCUCUUCCUUAUAAAUGUGAUUCAUACCUAACUGAAUAAAAAGCUGUUCCAGCUUCCCACCCAAA